CUUCCCUCUGCAAAAUCUUUGUAUCUUCCUCGAAACAAUUCAAUCUCAGAAGCAAAAGAAGAUUGCGAUGUUACGAUGUAAACAUGGCGAGUUCUGCUUGUAAUAUGCCCUCUUGUUCUUACGGAACUUACCCAAUUUUCAGUAAAACCAGGACUCCCAGAUGCAUUCGAUCAUGGGGGAACUUGUUGUUUAGGAAGCCAGGAAAAAUCAGUUCUUGUGCAUUCAGUAAUGAGCCAGAAUUAGCCAUUAUUAGCGUAAAAGAGAUGGAGGAACCAGAAACAGGGGAACCAAAAAGAAGGUUUAGGUGGGUUGAGAUUGGUCCUAACAUCAAUGAAGAGCAGAAGGAAGCCAUAUCUAAACUCCCACAUAAGAUGAAGAAGCGAUGCAAGGCAGUAAUGAAGCAGAUUAUCUGCUUCUCCCAGGAAAAGGGGAGUUUAGAAGAUUUGUUGGCGGCUUGGGUGCGGAUUAUGAAGCCCAGGAGAGCUGAUUGGCUUGCUGUUCUUAAACAAUUGAAGAUAAUGGAGCAUCCUCUUUAUCUUCAGGUAGCAGAGGCUGCAUUACUUGAAGAAUCUUUUGAAGCCAAUGUCCGUGACUAUACCAAGAUAAUCCAUACUUAUGGGGAGCAAAACCAGCUUCAAGAUGCUACAAGUACUCUAAUAACAAUGACAAGAAGAGGCUUCAUCUGUGACCAAGUAACUUUGACAAUCAUGAUUCACCUGUAUAGCAGGGCCGGAAAUCUUAAGCUGGCUGAAGAAACUUUUGAAGAGAUUAAGCUGCUUGGCGAACAAUUGGAUAAAAAAUCGUAUGGCGCAAUGAUCCUGGCCUACAUCAGAGUCGGAAUGCCAGAAAAAGGAGAGGCUUUACUUUUAGAAAUGGAUUCGCUAGAAGUUUAUGCGGGAAGGGAAGUCUACAAAGCAUUACUAAGGGCUUAUUCCAUAGUUGGUAACACCAAAGGAGCCCAAAGAGUGUUUGAUGCAAUUCAGCUUGCAGGCUUUUCCCCUGAUGCUAGGAUAUGCGGGCUCUUAAUAAAUGCCUAUGCAGUGGCAGGUCAGAGUGAACAUGCACAUGUUGCAUUCGAGAAUAUGAGGAGAGCAGUUCUUGAACCCAGUGAUAAAUGUAUAGCUCUAGUGCUGGCUGCUUAUGAGAAGGAGAACAAGAUUAACAAAGCCUUGGACUUUCUAAUGGGCCUAGAGAGACAUGGAAUCACGGUUGGGAAAGAAGCUUCAGGAAUACUAGCGGCAUGGUUUAAACAACUUGGGGUAGUCGAAGAAGUAGAGCUUGUCUUGAGAGAAUAUGCAUCAUCAGAAUCACAUUCCGAGGUUGCUGUUUCGUAAUUAAUCCCCAGACUUUUUUCUCGUGCCAUUAUGGAAAACCACCUCUCCAAAGGUGAGUUCCUACUGAUAGCUUCGAUGGCAACGUGAUGGAAGGAACAAACGUGAUGGUACUUGCCACAAGAGAAUGUCAUUCUGUCUCACAACAAGGUGAAUUUGGGAUUCUCCGUUGUAAGAGAUUGCUAUUUUACAGUCUACUCUACGUUCAUUGCAUAUUUAUAACUAUUGAUGGAGGUGCUAUCCUUAAUUCAUUUAAUAGUUAUAAAACGGACGGCACAUC